CCCCACGUGACAUGCCGCCGGCAGCCACUUGCGGUUGUGGCAUGUGUGUCCGUCGAUCCUCGUUCGUACUGCCUUGACCGAGCGAGAGACCUAGUCACUCAUAUAGGUCCCAACCUCGGGGGCAAGGUGUCCUGUCUCGUAGACCCACACACGCUUCCGUUUUUCGUGCUGCAUCCUAAAACAAAUCGCUGACCAUGGCUGCCAUCCUUCCCAUCAUUCAUUUCAACGAUGUCUAUCGCGUGCAACCCUUCAAGUUGUCUCCGAAAUCUCCAGAGACGAUCGACGUCACACAAUGGGCUGCGAUGCUCGACGACUUGCGCGACCAAUGGCCGAAGCGAUCUGACGGCAAGCGCGAUGGACUCGUUCUCUUCUCAGGCGAUGUCUUCUCGCCCUCCGUCGAGAGCUCCAUCACACGAGGAAGUCAUAUGGUUCCAGUGCUGAAUGCGAUUGCCCCGGAUGUGUCUAUGACAGGCAAUCACGACUUCGACUUCGGCUACCCUCAUUUGUCUGAAUUGAUAAAGGACACGAGCUUCCCGUGGUUGCUCAGCAACAUAAUCGACACUACCACGUCACGCAUCCCCGAACACGUACAAGAAUACCACAUGCUUGAGCGCGCGGGCGUACGUAUCGGCGUGAUAGGGCUCGUAGAGAAAGAGUGGAUUGGCACCGUGUCCUCAUGGCCCGAGAACUUCGGAUACCGAGAUAUGGCGCAAGUCGGCAUCGAAUUGUCUAAGCGUCUCCGGGAUCCUAACGGAGAGCACAAAUGCGACAUUAUCGUAGCUCUCACUCACGCACGAGUGCCUAACGACAUCGCUCUAGCGAAAGCGUUGCGUGCUUCCUCGCCUGCAGCUCAAGAGGAGCAUCCGAUCUACAACGAGCACGGCGUCGACCUUAUCCUCGGUGGUCAUGACCACCUCUACUACAUCUCGCACGGCGCAACCGCUUGGGAGGGCUACGACUUGGCGCACCCAGUGCUCGGGGCUGAGGAUGAUAAGGGCGACGUGCUCAUCGUCAAGAGCGGCACUGACUUCAGGGACUUGAGCGAGUUCACGCUGGAGUUGUUCGAAACGCCUCCUGGAAGCGUGCGGCGCAAGGUUAUCAAGGAGAUCAGAGGCAAACGACAUGCGACGCAGCCGGGCUCGAAGAAGAAUGAGCGCAUCGCGAAGCUCCUCGAGUCCAUCCUGUCGUCUGUCUCUGACGCGCUCAAAGCGCCCGCGUGCAAGACCGAAGUCGAGCUUGAUCUGCGCUCACAAUUGAUCCGCGUUCAAGAGACAGUGGCCGGGAAUUGGUUUGCGGACGUCCUUCGACAUGCAUACGACGAGGCUCCUGAAAUGGCAGGCGGGUCCGACGGUGUUUUGAUCUGCGCCGGGACCUUGCGUGGCGAUUCGAUCUACGGACCUGGAAAUGUGACGCUCGGCGACAUCCUAGAAAUCCUGCCGUUCGAGGACCCUAUCGUCGCGCUCGAACUUGACGGCGAAGCCAUCUGGGACGCCCUCGAACAAUCGCUCUCUACGUGGCCCGCGCAGGAGGGACGCUUCCCUGUCAUCUCCGGCUUCCGCGUCUCCUGGGACUCGCGCCGCCCGCCCGGCCAGCGCGUUCUCGGGGUGUGGCUUCUGCAGGAGCCGAGUGGGAGCGUGAGCACGAGCGCGUCGCCCACACCUGUGCCCUCUGCGAACGCGUCCAUGACGAGCCUGCGCUCGAUUGGGGCGACGAGCAGCGGCGCGUCAACCCCUGGGCAGCCGCUAGUGGACGGCGAGCCGAUCACGCGCACGAAGGGCGGGCGGAAGUACCGCACCAUUACGAGAGAGUAUAUGGCACAGGGCCAUGACGGGUUCUUGGCGUUGAAGGGAAAUAGGUAUCUCGUGGAUGAUGAGAGCGGCCAGCUCAUGAGCCAGCUUGUGCGCAAGUAUUUGCUAGGCUGCCGAUAUGUGAACCGCAUGUCACGCGUAGCGGACGUCUCGACCGUCGAGUGCCUCCACCCGCAAACACAAAGCGUCAUCUCGAAGGAGAAAGCCCGGCGCAAAGACUAUGAUCGGCACGCUCGCUCCCAUUCUCACCAUAGCCACAUGCAUUCGCACUCGCAAUCUCAUUCUCGCUCCCGCUCUAAGACUCCACAUCAUCUCGGCGCCGACGCUGGAACGCCAGGCUCGCGUGAACGAUCACCCUCGCCCAGCGUCGUCCAGAAGUGGAGGCAUGCGGCGAGGCGGGCGCUGCGCUGGUCUCGCGCGCACUACCGCGACAAUAUCCAUAUCACGGGUCGGGAACAUAUGAGUCCCGUCGAUCACUUUGACGGGUCGAGCUUGAGGAAGAGGCCUAUAGGUCAACAGAAUGCGGGGGGAGAGACAAAGGUUGCGAAAGCGGAGGACGACGAGGAAGACCUUGCGGUUAUACACCCGAUUGUGGACGGAAGGCUUAAAGAUGAAGGUAGAAAUUGACGAUGUAGUGGGCACAACAAGUGAACGAAACAAAUUAACGCUAUACUUUCGAUAUUAUCACUUGCUGUUGACAGCAGGGGUGCGCACUCUCGGGACCGCAACAGAUGUCUGGUUCAGUCAUUCACAGUCUGACGCGAAAGGGCGCCACAC